GUUAGUCUGUCGCCGGAUCUCGUACCAAGAGGACGCAGCAGUAGCAGCCGCCAUGACAGGCCAGGAGGACAAGAUGCUGAAGCUAGUCAAGGAGCCACACCCCACGGUGAUGCGCGGCUCCUUCGCGGUGGGCCUCGAGUUCAGCCAGGAGCUGUCGCCGCAGAUCCAGGAGGUGGCCCGCACCGAGCUGCGGGAGAACCCGGACCAGAUUCGGGAGUCACUCGCCGCCUUCCGGGACAUCCUCAGGGAGGAGACCGACUUCAAGCUGCCCCUGGACGACGACGCCUGGUGCAUCCGCUUCCUCAGGCCCUGCAAGUACUAUCCGGAGUCCGCAGCAGCACUGGUGAAGCGGUACUACGAGUUCAAGGUGAAAAACGCAGAGCUAUACAACGGCUUGAUACCUUCGAAGGAGAAGAACCUGUUCGACCAUGACAUCAUGCAGGUGCUGCCCAGGAGGGACCAACAUGGCCGUCGUAUUCUCGUCAUUGAGUUGGGCAAGAAGUGGAAGCACAAGAAGGUGAGCCUGGAGGAGGUGUUCAAGGGCGCCGUGCUGUACCUGGAGGCGGCACUCUGGGAGCCAGAGACGCAGGUCGCCGGCGGCGUCGUCAUCUUCGACAUGGACGGCCUCUCGCUGCAGCAGGUCUCGCAGUUCACGCCGUCUUUCGCCAAGCGCAUCAUAGACUGGCUGCAGGACGCGGUGCCCAUACGAGUCAAGGGCUUCCACGUGGUCAACCAGCCCUACAUCUUCAACAUGGUCUUCGCGCUCUUCAAGCCGUUCCUCAGGGAGAAACUGCGCAGUAGGAUCGUGUUCCACGGCACGGACCGCGACUCCCUGCACAACUACAUCAGCCCCAAGGUGCUGCCGGACUGCUACGGCGGCACCCUCGACAUCGACAGGGUGACCGGAGCCGAGUGGUACAAGCUGCUCAUCCACUACGACCCCGUCUACGAGGCUGUUAAUUCCUAUGGCUACAAGAAGCAGUAGAUGAGUCAUUGCUGAUGGUUCAUUGAAGUUCCACGCUGUGAUAAUGACGCAGAAAUGCAUAUGGUGG